CCAAAGAAGGAGACAUCAAGGCAGGAAUGCAGCCGGAGGCAUGAGCAGGCCUCAUAGCUCCCCUCCAGUGAUAUAAAUUUGGGUGGGAUGAGGGGCCUGUGGCCUUUUCCAUCAUAGCAGAGCUGCGUUGGUGUUAUUGACGAUGGCCCCGAAGAAGGCAGCAGCCCCUCCUCCACCAGGCUGCUCCCUGGACAUUAAUGACCCUCAGGUGCAGAAUGCUGCUAUUCGCAUUCAGGCUUCCUACCGUGGACACAGGUCCCGCAAAGAGCUGAAAGAAAAGGGUCCCCCACGGGUGCUGGAGAACCUGAAAGAUGUGAUGCUGAUUGAAGGGAGUGCAGCCAAGCUUGAAUGUCGCAUCAGUGCCUUCCCUGACCCAUUCAUCCGCUGGUCCAAAGAUAAUGUAGAGCUCAAGGAUGGGCCAAAGUACCGCUACAUCUUUGAGGACCCUGAUAUCGUAGCACUGGUUGUGCGUGACGCUGGUCUUUCUGACCUGGGCAAGUACACCAUCUCUGUGAAGAACCCUUUCGGGGAGUGCUUCGACUCAGCACGUCUCCUUGUGGAAGUACCUGCCAAGAUUGAGAAAGGCCCGGACAGCACAAAGGCUAAGAAGGGCAGCACAGUCAACCUGACAGCCCAUAUCAGCGGGGAACCAGCGCCCGAUGUUGGCUGGGCCAAAAACGGGGAGGAUAUCGAAGAGGAUGAUCGUGUGUACUAUAAUAUCGGCAGUGACUCAACAACUCUCACCAUCAAGAAGGUGACACCGGAAGAUGCUGGAAAGUAUGAGGUCUUCGUAGAGAACAGCCUGGGCAUGGACCAGUCCUUUGCACGUCUUGAUGUGAUCUGAGCCCCUGCCCUCCCAUCUGUAUGGUCCCCCCCCUCCCCCACAAAAAAAUCUGUCUGCACUCACCAGAUAUCCUACUGCCUAACCCUGGACUCUGACUGACCCUGGAAAAUGGCACUGUUCAGCCUCAGAGCUGGAGAAAGCAAAUGGGACCCUCAAUGGUGCUACAGAAGUAUGAUUCCCUGCUGUUUCUCUCACUGCCCCAUCAGUUCUCUCACCCAUGCAAUUCUGCCUCAGUGGGUGCACUCUCCCUGGCAAGAAUUCCCCAUCCUGCCUGCCCCAGGGCUGAGUCAAUUCCUUGGGCAAAUGGGGUCAUGGCUGGCGAACAGAAUUGCCGCAAGUGUAUCAUAGGUAGCAGCAUGCCCUAAACUCCAGUACCCUUUACACUGCACCUCAGAGACCGUGAAACAUCCCAGGAACUUCCAGACUCGUCUUGCCUAUUCUAUUGCUAUAUGAUCUAAAUAAAACCAGUUGAUAAUAUAAAG